AAACUCUCAAACCUUAUAUCGGGUUACCGGCGUACUCCUUUUCUCAAAACCCACAAAAUCGCCAAACAACAUGCUCUAUAUAAACCUAACUACCAAAAUUACAAUUUAGAGCUAGGGUUUAUCGGCAAUUAGGGUUUCGAUUUCUCUUCUUCUCCGAACACACUUCGCCGCAAAUUCAAGCUCCAAUUAAGAAAAUCCCCAAAUUGAUUCAAUCAAGUUCAAAUAUUUUUCAUAUUUCUCAAAAAUAUCCACUUUCAUUACCUUCUUUCUUCAAAUUUCUUCGAUAUUUAAUGCAAUUGAGAGCACGAAAUGAUGAGCAAUUUUCCCUAUUGGUUUGAUUCGCCAGUAUGAUGGCGAUACUUUGUAUUAGCUCUAUCUGAUCUAAAUCUCUCAAUUUUCCAUUAUUUUUCACCAUUAAUUUUCUUCAAAUUUUCCUUAAAAAUUAUCAUAUUUUGUAGAAUAAUUGCAUACUCGAGUGCUUUACAGGAUAAAUUCAAUUUAAUGCCUUGUUGAGCUCAUGGAGUAUGCUAAAUUGUUUAAAUGUCGCCAUUUUAGGGUAUUUUCCUGCUCUGUUUUUUUUACUUUUAUAGCUUGAAAAUUCCGUUUUAAUGGCGAAUACACUAUUAAAAUUACUUCUUUUUUUAAAUUUAUGUAUGAAUUGAAAAGGAUGAGAGAGAAUGAAGUGAUGAACAACUGUUUCCUAUUGGUUUGAUUCACCAGGAUGAUGGUGUUUUAACAUUGUAUUCGUACUGUCUGAUCAUUCUCUAAUGACUCGUUUGGUAGUUGGUUAUAAAUGAUAGUAAUGUAAAUGAAUUUGUAUGUAAAUUUGUGAAAAGAAUCAAUAAUCGUUAGAUUUUAAUUACUUUAUUUGUGAGAUGUAAAAUAUUCAUUUGUUGCAUUUAAAAUCAAACAGAGAAAGUAUGAUUAUUGCUAUUAAUUUUGUUUUGGUGAAUUUAGAUUUUUUGUCGAAUUAUAAGCACAUAUCGAAGGCUCGACAGGAGAAUUAGAAAUUAAACUCUUGUUGAGCUCAAUAAUUGUGCAAAAUUGAAUUUUAUGUAAUUUGUCAUUUUGAUUGUUUUCGAGCUCAAUCUAUUAUUAGCUGGAAAUUUAUCAAAUAAUGACGAAUAUUAUAAGUGAUUUUCAAACCUUCAAUGCUGAUUUUUGGCGCUUGGAGCUGUAAAUUUUAUGAGAUUGGAUUGAAGAUUUGACAAGGACCAUAAUAUGGAUGUGAAUCACAGAUGAACAAAGGGUAGUUUGACGACGGAUUACCAGAUUUGCCGGUUUAGGUGAAACGAUGAUCGAAGUUAAUUUCCAGAUAACAUGUUAAUAAAAAUUACGAGAAGCCGAAAUAAAUGAACUUGGCGAACUAGUUGAAUGACAAUCAAUGUUAUAAAUGUAUAAUGUAAGUCGAUCAAUAAUGAAUGAUCAAUGCAUGAGUUUUGACAUCUCUGAGACUCUGACUAAACUCCAGUUACGAAAAAAGAUGCAGUCUUAUUGUAUCAUGUACUAGCGAUGUUUUUGGCUGUUCGGUUCACUAUAAUGUCAUGCCUAAGAGCACCACGCAUGGUUCUCUCGGCUACGUUAUGUUCAAGACACUGCAUCUGUAUGUCUAUGACAAAACUUUGUGUUGGCUGGUGCAUAGGAGCAGCACUGUUUUUAGGAGCCUUCUUGUUAGUUGUUACUAGUCCAUGUAAGGCUUUGCUGCACUCUGGUGGCGAACAAUCUCAGCUAUUAACUUGCAUCAUGCAUGCUUGUGUGUACAAGAAGAUUGCUGUUGAAUCUCUGCCCUUUUAUAUGUCAGGUCCUAUGUUACUCGGACUCCUACUUUAACAUCAGAUCCUCGACACUCUAAUAUGUGUACAGACAAUUCAACCCUUAAUUCUCGGCCAAAAUAAAGAGUAUUUCUUCACGAAAUAGACGUGUUGAACACUUGGACGUACUCAAUUCUUAUGUAAGUACGAAUGCAGGAUUCUGCUGGUAUGAUCACCCUGCCUAAAAAGGACUUGACUAUUGCUCUAAGCCUCUACUUCUUCUGCAGGUAUUACUACAUAUAUUUGGCUGGUUCAUUAGAAAAAGGCAUAUUCACCUGAUUGUGUCAGCAACUACUUGUGAUAAUAUUCCUGCUACUGCUACUCUGCUAGAACUUAUUUAAGCAAGAAUUAUGUAUGCAAUGCAGUGACUCACUACUUCUUUUUUUUCCCUUUGUUCACAUUGGUUUAUUUGAGAAUCUGAAUUCAUAGUAAAGCUGUAAAGGUAAUAUAUUAUACUCUUCGACAGUAAUUCAAAGUUUAUAACUAUUAGAAACAGUUGUUAUUUAAACAUCUAAGAAUUUAUCCUUCAAAAUGAUCCAAAAAACCCCAUAGUUUUCUCACCAAUCCCCCUUUAAUUUGUUCCUAUAUAUCUCCAGAUCAUGAGCUAAAUUUUGUUCUUGACUGUUAUGAAUUCGAAAUGCAAACGAUAUGGAGCUAAAGCGUAUGAGUAUGACCUGAUAAACAUUUGCAGACCCUUACAUCACAUAACUGAUUAUAUUUCUGGCAUCAAUUUACAGUCAGAGAACUAAGUUUUCUGAAAUAAGAUCCGGUCUAGCCUGGUUAAUUUUUCUGAUAAACUAAGUCACACAACUAUUGCUCUAAUUUUUCGGUUCAAACAAAAGAAACAUAAGGUUUCUGAAGAUGGUGAAUAAAACAUACACUAAGUCUUAAAACGGCGAAGCCAAUAUCACUGCAACAUCAAGUUAUGUGGCUAUAAAUCUACAUCUACAGUUCUACAGAACUUGUUUACUCGAAAUUAUCUUGACGUCUUCCUAUCAAGUACCAACUAUGCAUCUAUAAACUUGGUUGACAGCAUACUUUGUAUAAUAACUCGUAUAAAAGACACAAAUUUAAGUAAACAAGUAAAUCUGUUGUAACUACUACCACAAUGCUAGUGCUACAGACAAACACAGUAUCUGACCUGCUGCAGCAAAAUAUGCAUAUCUUUACAUCUAAACUUUGCUUGUCUUUUGUCUCCUUUAGAAAUUAUAAAAACAAUUUGCUUUAUUAUAUGCUUAUAAGAAUCACUAAUUAACAAGUAAUAUUUAGCAGACUAUAGUAAUACUAGUUGGUUUAUAGAAUAUGCUUAUAUCUGAUGAUUAGCUGCAUUUACUAUCCGGCAUUAAUACCCAAAACUCGAGCAUUUUGUAAUUUUCAUGUACCACUUAUCAUAAUAAUAUGAGUAGCCAUACUAGCCAAGAAUAUGUAGGACUAGAUGUGUUGGAUUAUGAAGACAGGGGAAGGGAACUGAGUGAGCUGAUAUCAACAAAAGCUGGUGUAAAAGGACUUGUAGAUUCCGGGAUUCAUAAAGUCCCAAGAGUCUUUUUAUCCUCAGCUGAUGUGAAGCAUCAGUUGGAGCGAACAAGCUAUGAUGGUACCGGGAAUCAUGUCCCAAUCAUCAAUCUCAAGGAUUAUGAAGAUAAAAGGCGUAGGAAUAUUGUGCAUGAAAUCUUACAAGCAUCAAAGAAAUGGGGAGUUUUUCAAAUUAUCAACCAUGGAGUUCCUAGUCUUGUAAUGAAGAACAUGCUUGGAUGCGUGUAUGGAUUUCACGAGCAGCCUAAAGAGUUGAAAGAAGGAUUUUAUUCUCAUGAUUCAACGAGGAAGGUGUGGUAUUACGCGACUGUACAGCCAGUUCGUAGAGCUGCAUUUUGGAAGGACACGAUUGCUUGCCAGUUUGAGGACAUGACAACAGAUUUUGAAGCCUUACCUCUCAUUUGCAGGAAUCCUAUGUCUGAUUAUGUCAAACACAUUGUUGAACUAAAAGUGAAGCUAUGCAAGUUGCUCUCUGAGGCUCUAGGGCUCGAGUCCAACCACCUUGAACUAAUGGAAUGUAUGGAAGCGCGAAAGGUGGUAGGUCAUUAUUACCCGCCCUGCCCUGAGCCAGAUUUGACUCUAGGCUCAGCACAUCACACAGAUCCUUAUUUUUUAACGAUUCUGUUACAAGGUGACAUUGAUGGACUUCAAGUCUUCAAUCAGGAUCAAUGGAUAGAUGUGCAGCCUAUGGAGGGAGCACUUAUUGUUAUGAUAGGUGAUUUGCUGCAGUUGAUAAGCAAUGAUUUGCUUAGAAGUGUUGAACAUAGAGUACUAGCAAACCGAAUAGGACCAAGGUUAUCAGCUGCAUGCUUUUUCUCUACAAAUGGCAGAAACAAAGAUCGUAAAUAUGGACCAAUAAAGGAACUUUUGUCUGAGAAAAAUCCUGCAUUAUACAAAGAAAUCUCACAGGUUGAAUAUUACAAGCAUUACAGUGUGCAUGAAAGUUGUGGCUCCAAAUCUCUUCCUCAUCUCAAGCUUUAAACUUUCUCAUUGAUCCUUAAUUACUUGCAUGAUCAUACAAUUAUUGAAUUAUGUUUCAUUCUCUCUGAUAUAAACAGACAUUUCAUUAAAAUUGAAGCGGGAUUUGGAUUAUGUAUAGUCUCUCAGGUUUCUGCUUACACCUCCGAAUGCCUUGUUAUGCGUGUAGGUGUGUAGCAUAUCAUGUAUGUUCUAUGUUACUUGUGUCGCACACGGGUAUGUGUCCAUGUGUAAGAGUCGGUUUUAUUAUAGAAACGUUUCACAUAUUUUAGGCCUGAAAUGAUAUGUGUCAAGUGAUCGAGUCUCCACACCCAUGUUGGAAUACAAGGAAUUUGACAUGAGUAUUUGAGGAGAAUAAAGAGUUUGAAUAAAAUAGCCUAAAUGUUUACUUUGAGGCCUGGGGGAGUUUUUAUUAGAAUUCAUUAAAAGUCGCUAUUAAGAGAAGGUAAUUCACUCUAUUCUAUGAAUAGUUGGUUUACAAAAGACGGUCUCACCUUACUAUUUGAGCUAAAAUAGUCACUUAAAAAAUAGGUUAAACAAAUAAUAAUUUCUUUAAGAUAAUUAGUGAGAUGGUCUCAUGGUGAAAUCGUCUUAUUUGAGAAUUUCGGUUUUAUAGA